AUGGUAUGUUUUAAACAGUUCCUGAAUAUAUAUAUACCCUAUAUCUUGGCUCACUGGGUAGCUAUCAAUGAUUGCAAAUUUUCUCUUCUAGUCUUCCCUUGUCUUCACACUCCAGACAUGGCUUGCCGAAAGCGAAGAUCAGAAGAAGGCAUCCACAACUCCGGCGUAUAUGUCAGUUUUCAUGUCAGCAAUGGCUGUUAUUGUGGUAUGUACCCCGCCCAUAUCACCCGUGUUACGAUCGGUGAUAUCAGAAGAGGCAACAUACUGACCCUUUCCCGUCAUCAGACCUAUAUGCCCCUCUUCUUGCCUCCUCCCCAGAGUGGUAACAAGUCUCCUCCUGCCCCUGCUUCUUAG